CGCUUGUUGUCUGGGUAUCGCUCUUCUUAUACUGUUGAUUGCCCGGGUUAACUCGGACGGUCAGCCUCACAUUGUGUUUGUUUUAGCAGACGAUUAUGGAUUUAAUGACGUCGGAUAUCAUGGGUCAGAAAUCGAAACUCCGAAAUUUAGAUAGGCUAGCUGGAGAGGGUGUCAAACUUGAGAAUUACUAUGUGCAACCCAUUUGUACACCUACUAGGAGCCAGCUUUUGUCUGGAAGAUACCAGAUUCACACAGGACUUCAACAUGACAUUAUCUGGGCCAGCCAACCAAAUGGCUUACCCCUGGACAGUCCAACUCUGGCUGAUAAACUACGGGAAUCAGGAUAUUCAACACAUGCUGUAGGAAAAUGGCAUUUGGGAUUUUACAAAGAGGAUUAUCUUCCUACUCAUCGAGGCUUUGAUACCUUUUAUGGCUACUUGACAGGGAGUGAAGACUAUUACACACACUUCCGUUGUGAUGGUGAACAUGAUGUUUUGAAAAAUGCUUCUAGUGAUCUUGAGUUCUGUGGCUAUGACCUGCGAGACAAUGAAGUGCCAGUUAAGGACCAGACAGGCAAUUAUUCCACACAUUUGCUCACAAACCGUGCAAUUCAGCUGAUACAGAACCAUGAUAAAUCCAAGCCCAUGUUCCUGUAUAUGGCUUACCAGGCUGUCCAUUCACCUCUUGAAGUACCUGACGCUUACAGGGAAUACUAUAACAUACAAGAUAAAAAUAGAAAAACUUAUGCAGGUAUGGUGAGUUGCAUGGAUGAAGGAGUAGGAAAUCUGACAAAAGCAUUGCAGAAUGCUGGCAUGUGGAACAAUACUGUAUUUAUCUUUUCAACAGAUAAUGGAGGUCAAAUUCUUGAGGGAGGUAACAACUGGCCAUUACGUGGCUGGAAAGCCUCACUCUGGGAAGGAGGCAUGCGAGGUGUUGGCUUUGUUCACAGCACCUUGCUGAAAAAUGCUGGGAAUGUGUCACAUGAACUUAUUCAUGUGUCUGACUGGUUUCCAACACUAGUGACACUUGCAGGAGGUACUCUGAAUGGGACAAAGCCACUUGAUGGUUACAAUCAGUGGGGAACCAUUAGUGAUGGACAGCCAAGCCAGCGGAAAGAGCUCCUACACAAUAUAGAUAUCUUGUACCCACCCAAAGGAGCAAGCCUCUACCCUGACAUCUUUGACACUCGCGUUCGAGCCGCCAUACGUGUUGGUGAAUAUAAGCUUAUUACAGGAGAUCCAGGUAACAGCAGCUGGAUCCCACCACCAAACCUAAGCCUCCAUUUUGCCCCAAGAAAGCAGAAGACUCCUUUUUCCAUGCACAGAGAAUGGCAGCCGGUCCAAAUGAUCCAGACACAGCAGCCUGAUGAGAAUGUGUGGUUGUUUCAUAUUCCAAGCGAUCCAUAUGAAGAAAUUAAUCUGGCCCAAAAAUAUCCUGACAUUGUCAAGAACCUUUUACAACGUCUAAGCUACUACAAUAGCACUGCUGUGCCACCCUAUUAUCCUAAAAGUGACCCCAACUGUGAUCCCAAGCUGCACAAUGGCUUUUGGAGUCCAUGGAUGUAAUAAAACUAUCAGAUAUUUUCAAGUUUGCAGCAAAUGGAAAGAUGAUAAUUUUUAUGUUGAUAUCUGCUAUGUACAUUUUAUUUUAAAGUGAAGAGCAAGGGUAUUUGUUUCUACAAGUCACCUAAAAAGACUUUACUUUUGGGAUGUGCUUUGGGAUGUGUUAUCUUAUUAAAUGUUAUAUUUUCCUGUAAAAUAAUUCCAGUAUUUUGCUAUUCCUUACCCCCAUAAAAAAUUACACUCCAAGAUAUGCAACAUUGUUAUAUUUGGUAUUACUGAGACUAUUUUUUUACAUCACUGCAAUAUUUUUAUUCUUAAUUUUACAUUAUUUACAAUUUUACAAGGACAGUUAAAUGGUCGCGUAGUAUAUUACUUGUCCUUUUAGGAGUGAAAAAGUAAUAAUAAAUAAUGUUUAAUAAAUACAAUAUGCAUCUAUAAACAUGCUUAAGAAUGUUACUUUCUUGGGCAUGUUGUUUCCUUCUUUGAAAGAUAGUGGACACAGACUUGCAUUCUGUGAUCGAACCUUUUUCAUCUUCACUUUUGGCUGGUCUGUUCUCCAAACCCAUACAGCACUUGCGCAUAGAACAUUCCUAGAUUCUGGCAAUGUUCAGGAAUGAAA